GAUUUUUCUAACCUACCAGAAAGCACUGCACAACUGUAUAUAAGCAGUAGUGUUUCUGCCUCAGAACAUCAAAUGCUUGCCAACAUCCAUCAAACAUGAAACUGUUGCUGACUGUCUGCUUGACCUCAGCUCUGCUCUACAAAGCUGAGUUGCUGCGCUGCCAUACGUGUGCCAAUGAAAUGUGUUCCAACUCAACCUCAGUCGAGUGUCCUGCCCUGAGUACAGCAUGCAUGACUGUCACUGCAGUGGUUGGGACUGGUUCAUCCUCUAGUGUGACAGUGAAUAAAAACUGUUCAUCACUGUUGUCCUGCAUCACUCCUAUCAACACUGAGACUGAAUGGUCUGUGAACCAAGGUUUCAUACGGGUGGCCCUAACUCAGAUUUGCUGCAUUACUGACAACUGCAACUUUCAAACACUGGCCACUCCCAGUUCUUUAAUGAAUGGAAAGCUGUGUCCUGCGUGUGCGAGCUCAGAUGACAGCUUAGCAGGGACCUGCAAUGCCACUUUGUCCUGUGUUGGAGUUGAGGACAGUUGUUUCAGUGGCAACACUACAUCAAACUCUACAGAUGUGUUGCAGCUUGGCUGUAUAUCCAGAAACAUCUGCAGCAACCCGAUUGCUAUGACAGCCCUGUUUGGUUUUAACCACAAGGUCACAUGUGGAGCACCAUGGAGUAUCCAGAUCAGUGCUGUGCUGCUAGCUUUUGCUCUUACAGUAUAUAAAGUCCUUGUUUAGAUAAAGCAUAUCCUCACACAUACAGUAUACAGAAACAGAACAGAAACAUGCACACACACCUGCUUAUGAUCAUCCAUAGAAUUGUAAAAGUACCACCCAUUGCUUAAAUUUAUUAAGAAAAUAUGUCAUUGUCUGUAAUGGUACAUACACCUUACAUACUAGAUGAAGUAUAUAUAUUUCUUAUGAGUUAUGCAGUUCAGAGCAGUAUGUGACAACAAUAUAUGAGAGCAGAUAAUUUAAAGUAAUACCCACAUACCAGAUGUCAUGCACAAGAGGUGUACCCAUAUACACAUAGAGAUGUAAUCAUACAGAGCACACAAACACUAACACACACACAAAGAUAUGAGUAUACACACUGACAGGAACAUUUUCUCUCUGUCAAAUGUUCAGAUCAGAGCUAGGUGUGGAUGGUCUCUGUAUCUGAGGUAUUUUAUGAUCAUAACUGUUUUGAAGUUUAAGCCACUGACAUAUAACAUGUUACUUUAAGUAGUAUAAUUGUAAUUUUCAAUGUGCAGUUGAGCAGAACGCCUUUUUAGAUAUUGUCUCAGACAAUAUAUGUGAUAACUGUUGGGUAAAUGAUCCUAGACAGCACUCUUAUAACAACUCCAAGACUCUAACUCAGCACUGUGUAUUAUUCUUAAAAUAAACAUUGGAUUAUCAACCAGUGUGUUUCAGAGCUUUUUCCUCAAUUCAAUAAUUUCUUUACUAAUGG